AUGUUCCGCCGACUUUCUUCAAGUGCAAGGGCAGUUGUGGCGGCCCGCUUCUACACACCGCCUGAGGGAUUGAAGAAACUUUACGCAAGUGACUUUGAGAACUCGAAGUAUCCGUUAAACAUUGUUCCCAGUGAUAGUGUGCUCUUUGCCAAGUUCCUGUACAAGGCGGCAGAAGAGAAGGGAAACUUUGACAACAUCUUAAGCGAUUUCCAGAAGAUAGCAGCUGCGGCCUCCAAGCUUCCUAUCUUCUGGGAGCGCACGGCAGUUGUUGAAAAGAUACCCGAGUUCAAGCAACUCUCAGAGCCCACCUUUUUCACACUUGUGUGGAUGCAGAACAACGGUAUGCUGGAACUCAUCCAAGAGGUGGCGGAGGUCUAUGAGACAUUUGUUAACGCAAAGCAGAAAAAGGCCGUGGCGAAAAUCUUUGUCGCCCCUGGCGGUGAAAAGAACGUGGAGGAAGCCCGCCGAGUCGCGGAGGAGCUGCACAAGGGGUUGAAGGAGCUCGCUGAUUACACUCUCGUUUUGAAAACGGUCGUCGACCGCACGAUUGUCAAGGGAUUCGCGGUAGAACUUGCGGGUCAGUACGUGAACAAGGCUGAGGGCCAACAGAAGCAGGCGGGUCGGGCAGAUGAGGUGGAUUACACGAAUCUUCCCGCUCCUAAGCCACAGAAAACGGUUUGGGAUGAUAAUAUCGAGACGGAGGUCCUGCGCAAGUACCUCGACGGUCUUUCCCAGUAUGAUAUGGAGGAGGCGAAAUAUGGCGUUUGA